GCAGGAGAUGACCCCAAGUAAGAAGAGCCCUGUUCUUGUGGAUGGGGUUGUACUGAAUGGCCCCCAAACAGACGUGAAAGCGGGAGAAAAAUUUGUUGAAGAAACCUGUAGGCUAAUAAUGGAAGAAGUAGUUUUGAAAGCCACAGACGUCAAUGAAAAGGUGUGUGAGUGGCAGCCCCCUGAACAGCUGAGGCAGCUCCUUGACUUGGAGAUGAGGGACAGGGGUGAGCCACAGGACAAGCUGCUGAAACUCUGCCAGGAGGUCAUUCGCUUCAGCGUCAAAACCAAUCACCCAAGAUUUUUCAACCAGUUGUAUGCUGGGCUUGAUUACUACUCCUUGGCAGGCCGGUUUAUCACAGAAGCAUUAAAUCCGAGCAUUUAUACGUAUGAGGUGUCCCCAGUGUUUCUGUUAGUGGAAGAAGCGGUUCUGAAGAAAAUGAUUGAAUGUAUUGGCUGGAAAGAAGGGGAUGGAAUAUUUAACCCAGGUGGCUCAGUGUCCAAUAUGUAUGCAAUGAAUUUAGCUAGAUACAAAUAUUGUCCUGAUAUUAAGGAGAAGGGCCUGUGUGGUUUGCCAAGAUUAAUCCUUUUCACGUCGGAGGAGUGUCAUUACUCCAUGAAGAAGGCGGCCUCCUUCCUUGGGAUUGGCACCCAGAAUGUGUGUUUCGUGGAAACAGAUGGAAGAGGUAAAAUGAUACCUGAGGAGCUGGAGAAGCGAAUCUCAGAAGCGAGACAAGAGGGGGCAAUGCCAUUUCUUGUCUGUGCCACCUCUGGUACUACCGUGCUGGGCGCCUUCGAUCCUCUGGAUGAGAUCGCUGAUGUCUGUGAGAGGCAUGGCCUCUGGCUACAUGUGGAUGCCUCAUGGGGUGGCUCAGCUUUGGUAUCAAGGAAGCACCGCGAGCUUCUCCAUGGCAUCCACAGGGCUGACUCGGUGGCCUGGAACCCACAUAAGAUGCUGAUGGCUGGAAUUCAGUGCUGUGCUCUGCUUGUAAAAGACAAAUCUGACCUACUUAAGAAAUGCUAUUCUGCCAAAGCAUCUUACCUGUUCCAGCAGGAUAAAUUCUAUGACGUCAGCUAUGACACCGGAGACAAAUCCAUCCAGUGUAGCAGGAGACCUGAUGCAUUCAAGUUCUGGCUGACUUGGAAGGCCCUGGGCACGCUAGGCCUCGAAGAGAGAGUUAAUCGUGCCCUUGCUCUGUCUAGGUACCUGGUAGAGGAAAUCAAGAAGAGAGAAGGCUUCAAGUUACUGAUGGAACCUGAAUAUGCCAAUAUUUGCUUUUGGUACAUUCCACCGAGCCUCAGAGAGAUGGAAGAAGGACCUGAGUUCUGGGAAAAGCUUAGUUUGGUGGCUCCAGCCAUUAAGGAAAAGAUGAUGAAGAAGGGAAGUCUCAUGCUGGGCUACCAACCCCACCGGGGGAAGGUCAAUUUCUUCCGCCAGGUGGUCAUCAGCCCUCAAGUCAGCCGGGAAGAUAUGGACUUCCUGCUAGAUGAGAUAGACAGCCUGGGUAGAGACAUGUAGCCUUGGCUUUCAUCCCCCCAGGGGCACUGAUCCUGUCCUGGGAGGUUUCAGAGAUUCAGAGCAUCUGGAGACAUGCUAGGUAAAUCACAGCCCUUCUGGUGAGAAUUAGGAAAUACCCUUGCUCCCCACACAGAAAACUGGAAUGCUAAUAGUCUCAAGGGCUCUUUUGCCACCUGGUUGCUGCUGUUUCUAGAAAGGAGAAGGUAAAAGUAAUUAGGCAAAAUUAUUUCCACAAAGGUUUUCCUUGGACACUGCCCUGACAAGACUUCAGCCAGUGCCAUGUGGAUACUGGGUUCCAAGUUUUCAUUAUUCUUUAAAGAACAUAUAUACACACAGCUUACAGCUUAGAGCAGUAGUUCUCAGCAUGGUCCCUGUACCACCAGCAUCAGCAUCACUGGGGAACUUACUGAAAACAUAGAUUCUCAAGCUUCACUCCAUACCAGCUGAAUCAGGAGCUCUGGAUCCAGUAUCCAGUGUUUCAACAAGCCCUACAGCUGAUUCUGUAGCAUAGUAAAAUCUGAGAAAUGUUGGUUUAGGUAAAACCUUUAUUGAUUGAACAACCAGUCUGAUGUUUUGCCUGAAAAAGGAUGUCUAUCUCAGUAGCCCCUGAGCCAGUCUUUGAACAAUAACUACUGUGCUAUUUGCAGUACAAAUUGUUCAGGGCCUCCAAAGCAUGUCAAAGCUAUUUUUAUAAAAAAAGAUAGGCAAUGUAGGAAGCUUUCUUUCUAGAGAUGCAUGUUUCAUUUGGGCUGAAGGUUUAUUUUUAAGAGUUAAAAGGAAUCAUUUUCUAUUCCAAUUUAUCUGAGUUAGAGAUUAGGAUAAAAACAAACACUUUGUAGUAUGGCCUUUUGAUCAGUGAUCCAUAGUGCUAAUUCAUUUCCCAAAAUAUAUUUGGAAACAGACACUGCAUGUGUAUGUGAGUUUCUAUCCCUCUUUUAAGAGUCAGGAGUCCACUUCUCAGUUUGAUAACCAGAACGAAGUCCAGGGUUGUACAACAUUCCCAUCCCAAAACUUUGACAUGUCAGGAAGACAUUGGUUUGUCUUGGGGAGGAUCUAGAACAGAGGCCUUUGUGUGUCAGUCCAUCCUCCAUUGUUCCAGGGGGUGAUGAUUGUUAACUCUCUCUCCAAUCAUGAUCUUAGAUUUCUAGGGAGAUUUUGUUUGACUAAGAAGUGAACAAAAUUCAAAGAUGAGGGUAUAGAAUGAAAGCUAUGUAUUGACAGAGUUGGACAGUCACCAUCAUUGACUCAUGCCAUUUAUUUACAUUUUGAAAAGCAGACAUGUACCAUUUAGCAUUAAUUGAAUAUUUUCAUUUUGGUGUGCAUGGUUUUUCAAUUUGUCCACUCAUCAUGGAAAAUUUUAAUGUUUUUUUUCCCCGAAUUAUUCUCUUCAAUUUUUCUGGUGAUGGUA